AUGGAGCUUGCGGGAAAGAAGCGGAUGCUGCAGUUGCAUGGACUUGAUGAAUUUCGACUGCAAGCCUACGAGAAUGCCAAAUUGUAUAAGGAGAAGACCAAGAGAUGGCAUGAUAGGCACAUCCAGCAGCGGUCUUUUGAGCCUGGCCAGUUGGUCCUAUUGUUUAACUUAAGGCUCAAGCUGUUCCCUGGCAAGCUGAGGUCGAACUGGUCAGGUCCUUUUGAAGUGGUAAGCGUGACAAAGUAUGGAGCUGUGGAGUUGCAUAAGCCAGAGACCAAGGAAACUUUCUUGGUCAAUGGGCAGAGAGUGAAGCAUUAUUGCGCUGAGGAUGUGGACAGACACAAUACCUCAGUGGAUCUUUCGAAUGAGUAA